AUGCGUCUAUUCCAUGGCGACAAAGGCUUGGUGCAGUACAAGAACUUCAUCCUGUAUUUGAUUUCUAAGCUUGGCUUGAUUGCACUUCAAGUGCGGCCUAAAGUGAGUCCAGAUCAUCUGUACUUGAUACGGGCUAAGCUAGGUCGCCGCCUGUAUAAGCUGGACGAGAAUGUGCUUGAUCAUGUUGUCAAGCAGGUAGAGGCGUCGGAAGCAUCCGUCAUGAGAAAUCUACAACAGGUCCAACGUGAUAUUAUCACCUCAGAACAGACAGUCGUAUCUGGCUCUUUUGAUGUUCGUGAGGACGAUCUUAAGAUGUCCUUGAUAGGCUGCGGAGAUUACCUCCGUGACGCAAUAGCGACAGCCCCUGUCGAGUCGAACUCCUCCAUUUUCGAACGUGACUAUGAACAGCGAGCCCAACGGAACAGGCAUGGUCUCCCAAUUCUCAACAAUGGCGAUCUUUUAUCGCUUUCAGAUUUCGAAGACUGGGUAGAGAGAAUGCUGGAGCAGUGGCUACGUGACAAUGAGCCUUCAGCGCAGCUUUGCACUAUGUUAGCAAGUCUGUUCAAAGGAUAUUAUCAGUUUGCAUCCGAGACAUACGCUGGAUGUCCAGAAUUUGUGUCUGGGAUGCUGUUGGCUUUACUUGAAUUGUGGGUUGCAAUUGAUAAGAUAUGCACCGGUGUUGAUCCACGGCUCAUGGACUACUCGCCGGAGAUCCCGACGGAUUUCCUCGAGCCAUUGCUUCUCCCGCAAGUGAGUCAAAUGAAUCGUGCAAGAAACGUGGAAGGUUAUAUCCGAUUUAGGCAUAAGGGCAAAGAGCGUGAUCUUCCUAGCAUACUGGAGGACCCAAAACCUCGGAAUUUUGCAAAGCGCUAUUUUGAUAGCAGUGAUCCUCUACAACAACAGCGAGCUCGGAUAGAGGAGCAUGCUCACUCCCAGCUUCAGCAGAAGCGCAAAGAGUGGCAAGAUAAGUCCGCCGAAUACGAGAAUAUCUUGUCGCGAGUUGAAUGUCUUGAGCAUGAUUGGCCGAUAGACCGCCAAGGAAAUCCAUACCACGAUGCUUCUUGCAGGCGCUGCGCGCUGAGCAAGCAAGCUUCAUCGAUGCGUAUUGAUAUAUAUGAGUGGCCAUUACCCCAGAACACAGACAUUGUUAAGGAUGUGGUUUUUGAACUGGCCUGUCCGGCAUGGUUCGCUUCAUGGAGAGAUGUGACUUGGAAGCUGCUACAUGAUUUCGGUCAUAUGUCGACCCGAGAAGCAUCAGACAUGGAGCAGAACCUUCUCAAUUACAAAAAGACUUCAAGGUUUGCUGUGCAAUGGGGACAGCGGAUCACUCUAGGGUCAAAGACAAAGUCCUGGUCAAGGAGCCACUACAAACACUGCUCAUUCCCGGUGGACUUCAGUGACCUGUCACGUCCCAAUGCUUUCCAAUUCCGGCUUCUUGACAGCAAAAAUAACUCAUGGGUGACAGAUCAGGAAAGUCGGCACAGUGUGAAACGUCAUUGCAUCUUUGAUAUCCCGGAAAUUUCAUAUUCGCACCUACAAUACGCAGUAGACAGUUUUUGUCACACUGAAAACCACGUGAUUGCCGACCAGAAUAACUGCCAUCCCCGACUAAGCCUCCACGAAUUCAUAGCUUUUGGAUGUCUUCGGGCUGGACAGCGUAUUCAGUGGUACAACAUCAUUCGAGAAUUGGCGUCAGCAGCAUUGUCCUUGAAUGAAGAGUCAGUAGGCAUACUACUCUGCCAGGCCGCAUGGGAGUUGGGAACGCCUUCCCCAGGAACAAGCCUCCGCGAAGCCCACCGGGUACUAGAAGACAACUCGUUCAUCAAUCGGCUUUUGGAAACUCUGGAGCGACGACUCAAAUCCAUCGAGACCAAUUGGAACCAAUACCAUGCUCUGCAAGUCCUGGUGGCCCUAGGCCUUCGGGCCCUUAGUGUCUCUACCCAGGGCCCCAUCACUGCAAGGGCAGUGAACUUUCUUCGUCGAAGCAGACGCACGGCGAUGGAAUGGUGCGAGGAGCUUUUGCUGUCCCUUGACGAACAGUCAGGACUUGAGAGCGACAUGCGACAGUCACUCAUUGCCAAGGUCGGCGGAGUCUGCCAGCUGACGUACUGGGUCGAGACCAACCACCUCGAUACCUUGUUGUCUAGCCAAGACGACCUGUACUACCUUGCACGAUCCUCAGUUAUUGUCUUUGAAAAUUCUCCGCGAAACUGGGACCGCGCUUCUGAUCAUUUGAAACCGACUCUGAUCCGCACGUCCAAGGUCUUGCACAGCAUUGAGCACCGCAAAGAGCGCACCAAGGUUGGAAUUCAACACACCGUGGGAGUUCUGUCCUUGGAACGCUGCACGCUGGGCUGUAAAUCAAUCCUCACCGUCACCAUCGGGAAGAAGGCAAAGCGUGCACUAUAA